GUGAGAGAAGCGUCGCGACGACAACGACGCUCUUAGCAAUAUAUGUGUAAUCAGUGCCUUAGUGAGCCAGUGGCCAGGCGCGGUGGACAACAUUAAAUUCAUUUUAACUUAUUUUUAAGUAUUGUUAUUUUUUUUUUUUGUAAACUUUUUUUUUUCAAGUGAAGUGAAUGUGCUUUUCUUUUUUAAAUAAAUACAAUAAAUUUUUUUAAAAGUGUUAUCAACGUUAUCUCAUUGUACAAAAAGGCAUUAUUAUGAGUGAAUCAGUUCCUUGGCGACAACAACAGACAAAUUCUCCUGGAAACUAUGGAAACGAUCAACCAUGUUUCGCAGGACCGCCACCACCUCCACCGCCUCCUGGACCAUGUAAUUUACCUUCGAAAAGGCUCAGUACAGAGAUUCCAGAUAGACGUUUAGAACCACCAGCCUGCGUACAGAAUGCAAUGAUGACAAAAGAUAAAAAACCAUUUACAUAUACACCCGGUGGACUUGAUUUAUCACAAAUAAAGUCCCCACGUAUGGCACGUCGUAUUAGUCGAAACGCACAAGCCGAAGGUGUAUCAGAACCAAGACAAUCUCCAUUAGCUCAACCACCCGGACAACUACCACCAUCUGCUUUAGCUGCCAUGCAACCAAAUUUACCAACACCAGUUUUUCCACCUGGAGGUAUUCCACCUCCACCUCCACCUCCCUCAAAUGCUGGUCCUAUUCAAUCACCACCCCCUCCACCUCCUUUAAAUAACAUUCAACCAAAUGUAAACAAGCCAGUGCCACCUCCACAAAACUUUCAAAGGCCGGACAUCAAAAGUAUUAUACCACCAAAUCCUACAGCUAUGCUACGACAAACUGGUGGGCCCAUGAGACGUGGACCUUAUCCACCUGAACCAGUCGACGAACCUACAUCACCAGAGAAACUACAAGCUUCUAACAAUACAGCUAAUAAACCACAAUUGGGAUCACUUUAUAUACCACCAGUGAAAAAUCAAGAAAUUGAGGAAAAUCGAAACUCACCAAGCAAUAUUCAAUCACCUGCAAGAAAUAUUCAUACACCACCUUCAGUGCAAUCACCAGUUUUGAAUAAAGCACCCACACCUUGGUUAACACAACGCGUGCAACCACAACAACAAUCGAACGUACCUGCAUGGGCACAACGUGAAGAUUCCCAGCCAAAAUCACCACCAACAGUUAUUACAAAAGUGAUGCCAGUUCAAAUUGAACAAAGUACUCCCAAACCAAAUAAUGUUAGUAGUAUUCAAAUUCAACAUAGGCCGCAAGUUUUUGUCGUAAAUCCUCCACAAAUGUAUCAGCAUCCUAUGAGCCCAGGACCACAACAACAACAGCAUUCUAUGAGCCCAGGACCACAACAGCAACCGCAUCCUAUGAGCCCGGGACCACAAGCGCAGAAACAUUCACGAAUUAUUCCGAUUCAAAUAGAAGGAUCCAAUUCACCUACACAAAUGAGUCCAGCUGCAAACAUUUCCCGAAAUGAUAGUGUGAAUCAACCACAAUGGCGAGCGAAUGGAAAUGUUCAACGUACUCAAGAAAUCCCAAAUAACCAAUUUAGAAAACUACAAUUACAAGAGGAUGAUCAAAACUUAAUGAAUAGAUUUAAAAAUCAAGUUGAUGAAGAUACAUUUCUUCAUAAUGAAACGGAUCCAAGAUACCGAGGUGCUGCAAUACCCUCGCGGGCUUUUCGUAUGCUGCAAACAAUGACCGAUUCUGCCUCGGAUCCUAUACCUCAAUAUUCGAAUGCUCCACGUAAUUCACCAGGUCCCGUUAUACGUACAAUCCCGAUUCAAAGAGAAGAUAAUGGAAAUGCUCAACAACAAUAUAUACCACCUAGUGAACAACAAGCACCGGCUGAUCCACGAAAAUAUACAGGAAGUGCAAUACCAAGUCGAUCGUUUCGUAUGCUUCAAGCAAUGACAUCACCAAACAAUACACCUUGUGCAAAUACUCAAAGCACCGAGAACGUCGAGAACUAUGCAAACGAUCCAUAUUAUUCUCAGUGGGGUGGCUAUGAUCCAAAUUACCCACCACAUCCUUAUUGGAAUAAUCCGUAUUGGGCAUAUUAUUCACAAUGUUAUUCCCCACAAUUACAACAAGAAUGUCAAGAUGAAAAUCAAACCGGGGAACAGAAUGAACAAUCUGAACAAGACCUUAAUGCUCAGUAUCAACAAUAUUGGGACCAAUACGGAUAUUACUACAAUUAUUAUCCAUAUUCUUACCCUCCAGUAUAUUCCCCACAUCCAUUUUACCAUCAAAAUUCUGAUACAGAUAAUGAGGGUGCAUAUUCAUCUUGUGAUGAGAUGACAUAUUAUGGGGCAUUAUUUGCAAAUAAACCACCUAAAAUUCCACAAAAACAACAAAGUGAAACGCCUAAUAUCAUAGUAACGUCAGAAAACAACGCAGAAAAUAACCCUGAAAAUAAAUCACAAAAAAAUGAAGUCAAAAAUAUAGAAAAGGCAAAUUCAGUUUCGGAUUCCAGUGAAUCUGAGUCAGAUUCAGAAUCGGAUGCAGAUACUGAAGUAGGAGAUCAAAAACCUAUUAAAACAAAAUCAGGAUCAUUGAUAGCAAUCAAAUCUGUCUCUGAUAUCAAUAUUUAUGAGGACAGUAAUAAUUAUCCGAAUGACGAUCAAGAUGCUAAUGAUGACAAUUCAAAUGAUGAAGAAAGUACUGAAGAAAAUGAAGAUGAAUAUUCUGCUUACGAAGAAGAAGAAGAAAUUCCACAUCAAUUAAGUGUAAUAUUCGAAGAUGAUAAUGAAGUUAGCGAUUAUGAAAGUGUUCGAGGAAAGAAACCUCGUCAAGAUAGUGAACAUACUCUAGUUAGUGAAGAAGAAAGUUUCGUAACAGUUGGCAAUGGAGAAUCGGAUACAGACGAAGAAGAAGAAGGUACCCAUACACAAUCAACAGUUACAGUAAAACUACCAUUAAAAUUAAAAUGUUCACGAAAUGAACAAAAUGAACCAAUUACAACAAUUAUAGUUGAACCUACCAGUGAAAUAAUUGAAACUCAUGUGACACUAAAAAGUCCUACUCCUUGUAAAGACAAGCCUAAAGAAGAUGUCUCAUUUACUAUAAAUAUACCUUCACGUAAAAAUAGUUUUGAAACCCAAAACAAUUCAGUAACUGAUUCAAAGUUAACUGAUUCUACUCAAGAUUCCGAUGUUUCAAUCAGUAUAUCUUUAUCGUUAAAGAAAAUUUCAGAUCAGAAUAAUGACUCUAGCGACCAAUUAAAAUGUGAAACUAAACAGGAAGAAGAGGAGUCUGAAAGUGAAGAAGAAAGUGAUAGCGAUAGUGAUGACAAUGAUGAAGGUAGCUCUUCAAGCUCUGGUGACAGUAGUUCUGAUAGUAGCUCAGAAAGUGAAUCAGAAGUAGAAAAUACUAAAGAUGAAAAGGAUGAUAUGAAUGAUAUAUCUGAAAAAGAAAAACAACAAAUUUUAAAAUUAUUAGCAAGAGCAAAGGGUAUAGAAAAGGAUGAGACAAUUUCAAUGAAUGUAAAAGAUAAGAUCAAAUCAUUUGAAAUGCAUAUUCGUAAUGAGAGUAGUAAUUCUAGAAGAAAUAGUUCCAAAUCAAUAGUAGAUAUGACAGAUGAAGAGGACUCUGGUGUGACUUCGGAUAUGAGUCGGCAUAUUUCAGAUACAGAUUCAUCCGAAUGUUUCCCGGAACUACGUAAAAUGAAUAAAUAUAGACGUGCAGCAACACAUUCAAGACUUUUCCAAUUAUUACAAGAAGAAUACAAUGCGAAAGACGAGGACGAAAAUGAAACACAGACAAAUGAAAAUAAUAUUAAUUCUGUAAAAGAGAGUUUGACUUUACCGUUACAAAUUGACCAAGAAGAAUCAUCUAGUGGAAUUAAUUCACCGAUAUCACCAACGGUGAACGAUCGAUUAGUUAAAGAAUUAGUACAAAGUUUAUUAAAACGAAAAAAAGGUAAAUGUUUUAGAAAUUUACCGUUAGAAAAACUUCAUGCAGCUGCGUUAAGAAUACUACAAGAAGAUAUGGAUCGAUAUGACACAAUAAGUUCCUCAGAAGAUGGUGGUAGUACGGCAUUCUUAUCUCCACUUCCCACAGAAACAGUAAAUUCAUCACCAGUACAAACUCCACAAGAAUUCUUUAACGGAAAUUACGACGAUUAUUCUGCAUACUAUAGUUCGUGGGCGAAUAUGGCAUCUGACUCAGAAAACUAUGAUAUUUUACCAUCUAGAACUUUUAAAUUAUUACAAGAUCAUGCAACAGGAACCAAACCAUACAAAAACACAGUUUUGGCAAAAUGUCCUAGAGUAUUAAGUGGUAAAAAUCUUCCAAAAGAAUUACAAAAAGUGACAGAAACCCGUGAAACUCCAUCCCCACUCCUAGAAUCAAAUCCUGACAACAAAAUUGAAGCACGUGCCACCUGAGUACAAAAGGAAGAAAAUGGGGAUCGUUAUAAGUAGGCAAACUAUGUCUAAUUUUAACGUCACUGGGUCACAUAUGCCCAGAAGGUCCUGAUGAGUCGGACUUGUAAAUAAAUAAA